AUGGCCCUCAUUCACAUUCCUGCUAAGCUGAUCAACGUGAAGCACAAGAGAUUCAGGAAUAGGAGAAGCUUUCCUGGAGACAGAUCACAGGACUCCGCUAAGAAGCAGGCCAAGAAGUCGCGCGUGAAGGCCUUCGUCAAGGUGGUCAACUACAACCACAUCAUGCCCACGCGCUACACCCUGGACGUGGAUCUCAAGGACAUCGUCACCGCAGACGCUCUGGUCUCACGCGAUAAGAAAGUUACCGCCUGCAAGGAGAUCAAGGCGAGGUUCGAGGAGAGGUUCAAGACCGGCAAGAACCGUUGGUUUUUCUCGAAGCUGAGAUUCUAA